CGUCAACCUUGCCAUAGGGCAGACAAUCUCAAAUCAUUGCCAUGCCCUAUUCCCAACCUUAUUAUUAGACGGCGACUCCAACCGCAUCGAGGCCGGCCCGACUCGUCCCUCCCCCCUUCUAUUAGUCUUCUUUUAGUCUGCCUUGCCUCCAGUCAUAAGCCCCGGAUUGGCAUUCGCUUCUCUUCUUUCUCUCCUCUUGGUUCCCUACUCUUUCUUCUCCUCCUUCGACCGGCUCCUUGUAAUCUCGCGCGGCGUGCGGGCCAUGCACUUUUUCUCCAGCUUUAUCGGCUUUGACGUUGCCUUCGCAUUUCCCAUUUCGUUCAGGUAGACGUGCCUUGUCUUGCCAGGUUAUAUAUUUUAGUUUUCGGCUCCCCCGUGUCCCCUUCAUUUCAAUUCCCGCUUUUGCAGCUAGGCCCGCUUCAUUCGCCACCCCGCGGUCCCCGAGAGCUGGACUCUGCCCAUCGAUUGGGCCACGCCACCGUGACUAACCGCCUUCGCCGCCGACUACCUCCCCGGCCGCCAACAUGAACGCCGGCGCCACCCUCCGCGCCUCCAUCAUCCGGACCUCGAUGGUCCCCGUGCCCUUCGACAGGGCACGGAGUGAUGCAUGGAGCAACGAUGUCGAGGGCCUGCCGCGCGGGACCGCCCGGACUGACGCCAGGUCGGCCGAAAAGGAGGGCGGCAGUGACAUUGACAUCGACGACGGAGAGCGUCAGCGCGUCAUUGGCAUACUGCAGUACCUCGAGUACAAGACGAAGUGCGAGUGGGAGCGCGAGCGCGGGGCCGCCUCGGCUACCAUCGACGACACGGAUAGCAUCUACAACCCCAAGGGCGAGGUCCUUCAGAUCGAUGUCGAAGCAUCCGCAACCGGCCGCAUCUCGCGCAUGUUCACCAUCUUCCCCUACCGCGACGCCAACUGGAUUGUGUCCAUCGCCUUCAUCCUCGGAUCCACGUCCUUCACCGUCAACGCCUUCCUGGGCAUGCUGCCGGUUUGGUACGACCCCACCACCUUGGGUCCCGAGAUCGCGACUGCCACCGUCGCCACCCUCGACGGCGGCGCCGCGCUCUUCGUGACGGCCGGCAUGCUCGCCAUCAUCUCUGCCCUCAACGCCGACCGCGGUACGCUCGAGGCUCCCAAGACGAACAAGGAGGGUGUCGUCGUGUUCAAGUACCGCCCUGCCCUGCUCGGCAGCCCGUCGUGGUCCUGGGCCCCGCCUGCCGCGCAGUGUGCCGCCAUCGCCAGCACCCUGCCCUUCCAGACCGGAGCGUUCCAGAUGCUGGGCGGUAUCAUCCUGUCGACAUCGGCUGUGGCCAGCUUCCCGGGCGUCUUGAACCCGCAGGAGAACUUCUUCCUGUUCCAGAUGCUUGUCUUCCUGCCUCUCAUCAUCGGCGGUAGCAUGUUCUUCCUGGCCAACAUCACCCUGAUGAUCUACACCCAGGACGCCUGGUACAAGCCCAAGCCCGCGUCGGCCGAUUGGCUGGGCUUGUUCUGGAGCAUGGUGGCGUCGACAGGCUUUGCCCUCACCGGUAUUCUGCUGAUGAUGGGCGACAGCUCGGGGGCCGCCUACGCCUCGCUCUACGGCAGUCUUCUCUUCCUGUGGGGCAGCAUCACACAAUUGUACUGCCUCAUGGAGUUCCACCCCACUGGUUGGGCGGCCUAAGGCCUGGCAGGCUCGACGAGAGGGGGGGGAGGAGGAGAGGCAUAUAGAAAGAGUGAAAAGAAAAAGCAACUAAGAAAGAAAAAAAAAGAGAAAAAGAACAAAAAACAAGGCCAGUCAGAAAGCCAGCAUGCAUGUAUUACGAUGUGUAGGACUAGUUACGAACCUAGACUCUUACGUUUGGCUACCGACUUUUGAGUCACCCGCAUCCUCGUGCGCUUGUCGGCCCAGGUAGGUAGGCUGCACGUCUUAGCACAACAUGGUCGCUUUUCUGGCUGCACCUCCAUCGGGUACCCCACGUCUUUAUUGUUUGUACCAGUACAUACUACCUACACAUGUACAUACUAUUACCAGUCCUGACAGUGGGUGGCUUGCAUUAGAGCCGCGCGACGAGCCUGCCGGCUCUGGUCUCCAGUGGCUUGGGAGAGAAUCGUUCCAGAAACCCCGUGCCCCCCUCCCGCUUGUGGCACGAUCGAUUCCGCUCGAACUAGACCCAAAUGGGGAAUUUGCUGCGGCGGAUCCUGGGG